AUGAUUAGGUUAAUUUGAUUGUAAUUGUAAUAAUUCAGAAAUGACUGACAAUCCAGUGGUUACGAACACUUCAAGCUCUGGGUUCGCGUGCAGUUUGGUGGCCAUUCAAGAUGGUAAUGACACUUUCGCGAUCAUGGUCACAUCAAUUGCGAAUAUCCUUGCGUUUUCACUUAUGGUUGUUGCUACUAAAUUUCUCAUUUCCAAAGCGAUGAAAAAAUGCAAAAAAGGAACCAAACGAAAUGAAAGUUGGUUAACAUUUGUAUUUUGUGAAAGACCACAAAUUAUCCAGCAUAAUAUUGUUCCGAUGUCGAUUGGUCAUCAUUCGCAUCCCAUGUCAACAUUUUCGCCUCAUUAUUCAUUUGGUAUGCGAGAAACGCCCGAGGCAUCAAUCCAGAGCACUGAGAUUUCGGUGGCUAAUGAAUUACAAUCUGCGGAUCGAUCGAAAUCAACAACGGUCUUCAAUGAGGUCGAAAUCGUUGAUUGUUUACAUGUUAGUAAUUUAGAAGAUGAUCUGAUGGUCAAUGAUAAAAAUCGCGAAUUUUGUCUUGUUCAGGGUGAAUUAGAUUCUGAGAUGGAGAAAAAGGAUUCUGACCCUGACGGAAUUUUCUAUAUAACAGAUGAAGCGAUUCGUAAACGAAGAGGAAUCGAUGCUCUUAAUUAUCUUCUAUUUCUCCGACAUUUGAUCUAUUUUCUUGGAUGUGUCGCAUUUCUUUGUACGUUCAUCAUUUUACCGAUUAAUCUGAUGGGCAAAGACACCAAAGGUCAAGGAUAUUUUAUUCAUUUGACCAUCGAAAAUGUUCCCCCGGGAUCGCAAUUCUUUUGGGCUCACAUUUUGGUGGCCAAUUCAUUUCUACCGAUUGGAAUUGCGAUCUUACUUCACAAUUAUACAGCUUCAGUGCUGCAACAUGAAAGGUUUGCCUCUCGAACUUUGUUCAUUCGCAAGAAAACAAGUAAAAAACCAAAGCUCGCACGAGAAGAUAUUGUUUCUUUAGUUCAAGAAAUUACCACCAACGAAUUGGUCAUCGAGGGAAUUCAAUUCGUUUACGAUGUUCGAAACAUGAGACGACACAAAGAUGAUUUCAUUUGCAAUUUCAGCGCAGAAAAAUUUUGUCUCAAUUAUCUUAACAAUUACGACGAAUCAUUUGAACUGCGGCCUUAUUCUUGCGGCCAAUGGUUAGGACUUUUAGGAUUAGGAUGUUUUUUCCCGAAAACAUAUGCACUGACCCACUAUCGACGAAAGAAAUGGGAGGCCAUUCGAAACUUAAUCCGUGACUACUCCAGAGUGAUUUCCCGUGCUCAAGAAGCCUUUUUCAUAACAUUUAAAACUGAAGAAAUGACUCGAAAUGUGUACAAUCAGAUCAAUUGUUCGUGUUUCUGUUCAGCGUGUUGUCGCAAUUUAUCCCCUUUAUCUACACCUCACGAGACGGAAUCGUGGAAAGCAUCAUUCGCCCCCGACCCGAUGGACAUUAAUUGGGACGCAUUGGUAGUUAAGAAGAGGAACAUGUGGGUUCGAUCGUGUUGGGUCAACAUGACCCUUUUUGCGAUCUUUUUCUUCUGUACCACCCCAUCUUUCGUCUUACCUUUCAUGUCCAACUGGUCAACUUUCGAGUCGUUCACCGCCUGGCAACAGGCAAACAACGUCUACGGACUAGAACCGCUCUCGUUUCUGGCCCAAUACAGUAAACCUUUGGCUCUACUUUCGAUCGCCUCCGUCCUGCCCAAUGUCGUCUUCUACUUUUCCUCUCUUGUCCCUGCUCCAUUGAAAUCGGAACAAACUCACGCUGUCAUGUGGAGAACCUAUUGUUUUAUGAUUCUAAUGAUUAUCAUAAUUCCUUCACUUGGACAGUCGAGUUUCCACGAAGUUGUUCGUAGUAUCGUAAGUAAACAAACGUUCCAAUGGUACUGCUUAUUCCAUUCAUAUGAAUAUUCAUUCUUCAUCAUAUACGUCGUUCAAUCGGCGUUCAUCGGUAAUGGUUUAGAACUAUUGAGAUCUUCUCGAAUAAUUUCCUACUUUUUUGUCAAGAUAUUCCAAACAUCAAGUGAAGCUGAAUUCGAUCAUGAAAUCAAUCAAAUUGAUCUUGAAUUUAAUCUUGGAUUGAAAUAUUCUCGAAUUCUUUUCAUGGUAACUAUGAUUCUAUUGUACAGUGUAUCUUGUCCACUUAUAACGAUCGUCGGCUUAAUUUUCAUGGUGAUCAAAUAUUAUGUCGAUCGUCAUAGUCUCUAUCAUUCAUGUUAUCCAAGUUCCGUUUCAUGUAAAACUUAUCGUCGGAUUACCGUUAUGUUUUUCUCGACGAUUGUCAUGAUGCAAUUUCAUUUGUUUACAAUAAUUUACACCAAAAACGCUCCAAGAAAGGCAUUAGCAUUUGACCUGAUUCUUUUGCUAAUAUCAUUGGGAAUACUCCCUUGUCUUACCUCUUUGGUUCGUUCGGCGAAAUCAACUGAUUCAUCGAAGGUACAUACAACAACCAAUCAACCGACUGACGAUCAACAAACGACUGAUCAAUCGGACAAUCAACCAAAUUGGUGCUGUUGUGCUUAUCUACCUGAGAUAAUUAAGCAAAUGGGAAAAUCUAAAUUUCAACCCAAACAAUUUAAUGACGAUACUGAGACAGCCAGUUUAGAUACUCGUACGAAAGAUACAAAGGAUUAACAUGAUCAACAAUCAAUUCUUUCAAUAUUAAUUAAUUAUCAUUAAAAACAAAAUUUUCUUCUCCUUGA